CCCUCCCCUACCCCCUCUUGCAUUGUAGCCAUUUAUACCUCUACAAGAUAGCAAUAUCCUCAAGUUCUUCUUUUCUUCUUUUGUGGAGAUUUUAACCUCAAAAAUCAAAAGUCGUCAUGUCUAUUUGAUCUUUCAAUACGAUUUUCAUACGUAUACUCUUUUACGAAAAAAUAAACUUAUAAAAUUAUUAUUUUUUCAUACCAUACCAGAGAUAAUCUUUUGUCUAUUGUCAUUGCUUUUACUUAUCCGAAACAAAUUUAACCAAUUUUCACCCGUAAAACUAAUGUUAUAGUGUGAAACAACUGAUCAAAUCGAUAUAUUGAAGUUUUUCUUUGCUGCUCAUCACUUCACCUAUAUCAAACAAAAUGUGACACCAUGUAGUUAGUAUAAAGAUCUUCUCCUUACUGGUCUAGAUAGGGUUUGGGCAUCGGGGUCAUCAAUUUAUGGAGAUUUUCACUUCAAGUAACAUUUCGAAGACUUCGAGGUGAAUUCUAUUGAUGAUUUAGAGUGUUCGGUAUGGCCAUUAGAAAAAAACAAUAAAACAAAACAAAAAGAAAAAAGAGAGGGAAAAAAAAAAGAAAAAGAAAGAAGCUAGAAUGUCCAUGUGCAUCACAGGUUUCGUCAUUGCCUAUUCGGGGAAUGGCUAUAUUUGCCCGUCUUUCUUUAUUUUGUUUUUUGUGACUUUCUCUCGCUUUUGAUCAUUUAUGGUUCUCAUUUUCUUUUGUAGGGAAAAUUAGAGAAAAAAGAAUACUAAGAAGUGGUUUAUCUCAGUCUAGGUUAUUAUUUGAACUUUAUUUUUUUGGGCGAACAAAAUGCUAAUAAUUAUCGAAAGAAUUUGAUGACAGGUUAUCGUCAAUGGAGAGAAAAUGAAUGUGCUAACAUAAAGUUAUUGUCUCAUUUGUCUUACUAAAGUAUCACAAUAAUGAUACAAAAAUUUUAAGACGGAAGAAACAAAAAACCAUCGAAAUUAUAUUCGGAUUAAUGUAGCGGCGCAACAGGUUCAUGGUCACAUUCCGUAAUGGUUUAGUAAUUAAAUCAAAUAUCUCGUCGACUUGAAAUAUUCUUUUGAUAUUUCACCUCACACCAUCACUUUGCUAAGUCCCCAAUUUGACUGGUAAGUCCUGAAACUUGUACAAAAAAUCUGAUCACUAGAGUCUAGAAAUUAUCUCCAUCAAUUAUUUGACUUAUCAACUUGAAGUAUAGGAGGAAUUUCAUUGUAAAUAAAUUAUGAGUCAGACUUUUCAACAAGUAGACAAAAUAAAAAAAAAAACAAAAAAGGUUGAUAAACAAAGUAGGAUAAUCAUCGAUUAUAAUUGUCGCUAUUACUUGGAAGAACUCUUUGGAAAGGCCAGAGUUUCCCAGCAUUUUUUUUUUUCACUAACAAGAGUUAAUUUCGAUACAUUUGUCCUUCAUUUAAAGGCCUAAUCUCCCUAACACUUAACCCUCAAAUAUUAGUUUAUUUUAAUCUACUUGUGACUUGCGUAAGAUAUAUUCUCAUGUCUCAAAAUCAUUGUAUAAUUUGAUUUUUUAUUUUUAUUUCAGAAGGAUAUUAAUUAUUUCGUCUUACAUAUUACUCACUUCUUGACCCAUAAAACUUCACUUUACUUAACUAAAACAGUGUAAUGAAAUUGAUUAUUUUUCUUGGACGGAGAAGAGUAUAAAAUUGUGGAUGGAUAUUGUCUGCAUGUGUUACUAAGGAUGAGGUUUGACUUGUUGUAGUGUACGAGGUGUUUGAACGGAUGGCGUAUUAUGGAAUAUCAACAAACCUAUUCAUAUACUUGACCAAAAAACUGCAUCAAGGCACAGUGACAGCAUCCAAUAAUGUCACGUAUUGGGUGGGUACCGUUUGGAUGACUCCAAUUUUGGGUGCAUAUAUUGCCGAUGCAUUUCUUGGCCGAUAUUGGACUUUCCUCAUUGCCUCUGUCAUCUAUUUUUCGGGAAUGUGCAUGUUGACACUAUCAGUUUCAGUGCAUCCAUUCAAGGCACCACGCUGUACGGAUCCAAAUGGUAUAAACUGCAAGAAAGCCAACACAUUACAAUUAGCAGUUUAUUUUUGUUCACUCUACACAUUAGCCAUCGGAACUGGUGGCACAAAACCAAACAUUUCCACCAUUGGAGCGGAUCAAUUUGAUGAAUAUGACCCUAAAGAGAAGCUUCACAAGCUCUCCUUCUUCAAUUGGUGGAUGUUCAGCAUAUUUUUUGGGACACUUUUUGCCAACACUGUGCUUGUUUGGACUCAAGAUAACAUUGGAUGGACUCUUGGAUAUGGUCUUCCAGCUUUAGGGCUUGCGAUUUCUAUAAUGAUAUUUCUUGCCGGGACGCCGUUUUAUAGGCAUAAACUACCUUCUGGAAGCCCUUUUACAAAGAUGGCUCAAGUUAUAGUGGCUGCAUUGAGGAAGUGGAAGGUUUCUCUUCCAUCUGAUCCUAAAGAGUUGUAUGAGCUUGAUCUUCAAGACUACUCGAAAAAUGGGAAAGUUCGGAUCGAUUCUACACCUUCAUUGAGGAUUCUAAACAAAGCUUGCGUGAAAACUAGUUCAGUUAGUCCAUGGUCACUUUGUACAGUUACACAGGUAGAAGAAACCAAGCAGAUGCUAAGGAUGAUUCCAAUUCUGAUCGCUACAUUCGUUCCAAGCACGAUGAUUGCACAAAUUAACACGCUGUUUGUUAAACAAGGUACAACGCUUAAUCGCCGAAUGGGGCACUUCCACAUCCCCCCUGCGAGUUUAGCAGCAUUUGUAACAAUCUCCAUGUUGAUUUCGGUGGUACUAUAUGAUCGAUAUUUCGUAACAUUCAUCCGAAAAUGGACUAAAAAUCCAAGAGGGAUUUCUCUGCUACAAAGAAUGGGAAUAGGGAUGUGCCUACAUGUGAUUAUUAUGAUAGUGGCAGCAUUGACAGAAAGAUAUAGGCUUUCAGUGGCGAAGGGUCACGGCCUAGUUCAGAAUCAUGGACAAGUUCCUCGGACGAUUUUCAUUUUGCUGCCUCAAUUUGUGCUAAUGGGCGUAGCAGAUGCAUUUUUGGAGCCUGCAAAAAUUGAAUUCUUCUAUGAUCAAGCACCUGAAGACAUGAAAAGCCUAGGGACAUCUUAUUCAAUGACCAGUUUGGGAGCUGGAAAUUUCAUCAGUAGUUUUCUGUUGACUACGGUUUCGCAUAUCACGAGGAGGGAUGGGAACGAAUGGAUUCAGAACAACCUGAAUGCAUCUCAUCUUGACUACUAUUAUGGAUUUUUCGCGGCGCUGAACGUGUUGAAUGUUAUUUUCUUCUUGAGUAUGGCCAAAAUGUAUGUGUAUAAAGCCGAAGUAUCGGAUUCAAUGGCUUUGCUUAGAGAAGAGUUUGGGAGAUCAAAAUCAGAGAUGGUAAACGAUCAAGCUGCUGUAGCAUAAGUUUCUUGAAUCUGUUACCAAAGGAAAUCAUGACACACAAAAUUCGUAAGAAAAGAUUUCAGCCUCAAAGCUCAUAAAAGUUUCAGUUAUUAUAACAUCCCAAUCGUUAUAUAAAUCUUGAUGAAACAAACUCUGGAUAAUAAUUCCGGGAAGGAGAAUUAUUUAUUACAUCUCUAUUGCACUGUGAAACAAACUCUGGAUGUCUUUCUUCUAGUCCACUUUUGAUAGUUACGAUUUGCAUACGAAUGUAAAUGCGAGUGUAAGUUCGUAGUUCUUACGGCAUUAGAUUUCGGAAAUAUUAGGAGCCUAAAACACAAAUGAACUCCAGAAGAAUAACAAGAGGAAAAGGAUGAUCAAGAAUUAUAACAUACACCAUUGUAAAUAUUCCUUACGUCCUGAAAAAUAGUCCUCC